AUGUCCACCACGUACCUCCCUGCCGGCAAGCGUUUCCUCCAGCUCAGGAAGAGUUCCAACGCCGAGAACUUCCCUCCUCGCACGCCGGGUCUCUCUAAGAAGGCCGACGCCCUCGUCUCUGGCCGUGAAGCCUCCCGUCGUCGGCGCGCUCGCAUCGUCAGCGGCUCCAUCCCCCUCAAGGCCAAGAAGAGCAUCCUCAACGCUCGCACCAAGCGGGUCGGCAAGGUCAAGUGCGAGCCCACUGAACCCGCCGGAGUCCCUACACUCCCCGAAUCACCGACGACCGACGCCGUCCAGCCCGUAAGCACCACCAGUGAACCGGUCCAUCUCAGUGUGGGCGGCGUCGACCCUACCAUGGAGAAGAAGGAGAACGCGAACGUCCUCCGCUUCCCUCGCUGGCUUCGCCGUCCUCCUCCUCAGUUCUGGCCAGCUCCCAUCGACAUGGACAACGUCGAGGCUUGCGAUCCAGAGUUGAAGGGCAUGCCCUUGAACUACAUUCGUCAAGGACUUGCUGAGACUGGUCCUGCUAUGUGGCACCUCGCUCAACGGGCGAAGCUGGAACGCAGCGAAAUGGGCAACGUUUCUCAACUCCCCAAGGAGAUCAACCUCGUCAUCGCCGACUACGAUAUGCUCUCUUUCCCCACGAACGGCACCCCGCACAGCUUCCCGACUCACGUCUUCGCGGUUUGGGACCUCCCUCACAAGACCUCCAUCGAGAAGAACCCCGGGAUCAACCCCCAGACUGGCCGUCGCCAGGUCCACAUGGUGCCCGCUCACAACGUAGUCCUCGCUGCCCACUGCGCGAAGUGGUUCAAGCUGCCCAGCUCGCGUAGGAGUCGUCACACUCGCGUCGGCGUCAACGGCAACGGUGCUAUGGGCACAAGGAUCACUCUCCCGGUCGUCCCACUAGCUGUUCCCCAUCCCCCCACAUUCAACAGCCUCCUCCAACUGCUCUAUACACACGAUGUCGGCUUGCUCCUAGCACACAUGGUCCCAGUCGCGAAGCCCGACUUCAAACUGCCGACGCUCGCGGACCCGUACCCGGAAAACCCGAAUUAUGUCGUCGAGACGGCUCAUCGUCUGGCCGCGCGCUACACGCCCCACGCCAUCGUCGAGAUGCUUACCCAGGUCAUCGGCCUCUGGCAAAACGCGAUUUACCUCUGCGUCGCCGACCGCUUCCUGUGGAUCGGGAUCGACUGGAGCUGGGACAUACUCCUCACUGGCCUCGCCAUCGCCAUCGGCAAGCCUGAGCUCGUCCCCCGCCCGCAGCCCAAGGUCACUGCUAUCGGCAUCGCUGUUGCGCAAGCCAACGCCACCAGACUCGCUCGGGAGGCCCGUAGGCUAGCUGCUGAGGCUCUCUGA